CCCGGUUUCCCUAUUCACCGACUCAAACGUUAGCGCUAUUAGCCUGCUGGAAAUCUGCCUGUCUUGGCAUUAUAGGGGCCUUGUUGUAUUUUGUCAGGCAACCCGACUUCAAUACAGAGUCACUUAGUCUUCAUAAAAGGGGUCAAUAAAGUCUGCAGGUGCAGGAUGUACAGCUUCAUGGGCGGAGGGCUGUUCUGUGCAGGCGUGGGGAACAUCCUCCUGAUUGUUUCCACGGCAACCGAUUAUUGGAUUCAGUACCGGCACUCCAACAACUACAUGCAUCAGGGCCUGUGGCGGUACUGCAUGCCGGGGAAAUGCUUCACACACAAUGAAAGUAUUGCCCACAUGGAUGCCACCCGAGCACUCAUGAUCCUCUCCCUCUUGGCGUGUUUCAUGGGCAUCAUCAUCGGCAUCAUGGCCUUCAUCCACUACUCGUCCUUCGACAGGUUUGACAAAACCUUUGCUGCAGGCAUAUUGUUCUUCAUCUCAUGCUUUUUCGUGUUGCUAGCAAUGGCAGUAUACACUGGUGUGACGAUUAAUUACUAUGGUAAACGCUAUGGCAACUGGAGGUUCUCCUGGUCCUACAUCAUCGGCUGGGUGUCAGUGGUGCUAACCUUCUUUUCAGGUAUAUUCUAUAUGUGUGCCUAUCGGAUGCACGAAUGCCCCAGAAACUCAAACUCUCACUAGAAGACUUCAGAAAUGAUCAUCAAUUUCUUAUGAUUUUGAGAGCCACUAACUUGUGGCUGUUCCCCGUAUUUGAGAGUCAAGAUGGAUCAACCCACUAUUUACUUUUGGAACAUGGAUUAUAGAAUUGAAAUGAUAUGAAUAAAGGACGUUGGGGGUAAACGUGUCACCUUUUCAAUGAUUAAAUGCUUGUUCUUUUAUAUUUGUAUGGCCCAUUUUUACACGUCAGACAUAUUGCCCAUUUUGACUCUACAGGUCUGAUAUGAUAUAUACAGACAAACUAUCCCAGAUCUGGUCAAGUUAAGUGAUCCAAGUACCUAAAAGAAAUUGUGACAGAUGCACUGUCUCCAGGUAUGACAAUCCAUAUUGUGGAAUAGCUAUAACAACCUAGUUAGCACUUUAGCAGAGUUUGGGAGGCAUCAAGAAAUUAUAUAACAUUACUGUCCAGGGUCAGCCUACAUUAGAAAAACAUAGUAUUUUUCAUGUGUACAUCUUCAAAUUAUUUUAGUAUAGUAUGUAGGGGAUACACAACAAGUUGCUAUGUUGAACUAUGUAUAAAAAAAACAUGUAUGUGUUUGGAUCAUACACCAAUGUUGUGUUCUUGUGGCAGGCAUUCUUGUACAACAUUAUGAAUUAUAUUUUGUCCAGGCUAACAGGAUUGGUUAAGUGGAAGACCCAGAUGUCAUAUAGGCUUACAAGGAAGCCAAAUAUAUUGCAUGCAAGAUGAUGCACUGGUGCCAGGUAUACAUAUUCGCAAAACACAUACUGUAGGCUGCGAUUACACAGGCAGGCAAAUUCUGAUUAUUUUCCCACUAAUUGCUCUAUUGACCAAACAGAUCAGCUCUUUUGCCAAUAAUUAAGGCAAAAUAUCAGAAUUGGGCUGCCUGUGAAAACACAGCCAUAUUGUGUGUGAAAUUUGUGUGAAGAUGUCACUUCGAUUGGUUAAACAUUGACCGGAGUUAAUUGAUGGAUGUCAGAAAUGUUUAGGCCAGCGUUUCUCAAACUCAAACCUGGGAACCCCAAGGAGUGCACAUUUAGUUUUUCGCCCUAGCACUACACAGCUGAUUCAAAUAUUCAAGCUUGAGGAUGAGUUGAAUAUUUAAAUCAGCUGUGUAGUGCUACGGCAAAAAACAUGAUGUGCACCCUUUGGGGUCCCCAGACCGAGUUUGGGAAAUGCUGGUUUAGGCCUAUAGGACCAUGUUUUGAGAUAAAUGUGUUGGAAAAAUUGACACAUAUUAAAUUAAUAUGACAUAACAA